UGAAGAGAGGUUUGUCCCAACUGCCAUUCUGUUGGAAGAAGGAGGAGAAGGAGGAGAUUGGCUUGUGGCUGCAGAUCAUCCAUCUCUAACUGGCCCUUGAAGACUUCAGCUGGGGGUGUCUGAGACGAGCAGGGUUUUCUGGGGCUGGAACCAAGCGCCAUGGCUGUGUCGUCCCCCCCAUCUGGGCGGCUGGGAUCCAGUCCGGACAACAGCACGCAAAGGAACCCAAAUGGGACUGUCAAUCCCGGGCGGAGGGUACACGGAGACUUUGACGUGGACGACUGGAUGGAGAUCUUCUCUAUGCUCAUCACCCUGCUGGGGCUGGUGGGGAACACCAUCGUCCUGUGGCUGCUGAGCUUCCGCGUCCCCAGGAACCCCUUCUCCGUCUACAUCCUCAACCUGGCCGUGGCCGACGCCCUCUACCUCGGCGGCCUAGUGGAGCUCUUCAUACAGAAGUUCUUGAGGUCCAUUAACCUCCUCUCCGACCUGCCCGAGGCCGGGAUCUGCGUCACGUUCAUGUCUUACUUCAUGGGCCUGAGCCUGCGGGCGGCCAUCAGCACCCAGCGCUGUCUGUUCGCGCUCUUCCCCACCUGGUACCGCCGGCACCGGCCCAAGCACACGUCGGCCGCGGUGUGCGCCGUCCUGUGGGUUCUGGCCGGCCUCUGCUGGGGUCUGUUUUUCCUGCUCUGUUUUCACGCGCGCAAAGGCGCCAUCUGCCUCAACUUCGUCAUUCUGCACUCCAUCUGGUUCUUCUUCUUCAUCGGCCUGCUGGCCGUGACCAGCCUGACGCUGGUGCUCCGCGUCCAGUGCAGCUCCCUGCGCCGGCAGCCGCCCCGCCUCUACCACCUGACGCUGCUCACGGCCCUCGAGUUCCUGCUGUGCGGCGUGGGCCCCGGGUUCGAAAUCUUCGUCCGCAGGCUGGACCUCGAAUUUAUGCCGGCCUGGCUCCCUUCGUUCCUGGGCUGCGUGAACAGCAGCGCGAACCCUUUCGUUUACUUCUCCCUGGGCAGGCAAAGGCGGAGGAGAGGGAGGGAGACCCUCAGGGCGGUCCUCCGGAGGGCCCUGAGCGACGAGCAAGAGCUGGGAUCGGAGGGGGGGGACACCUCCCACACCAACACCCUGGAGACUUCCUCCUGAGCUCGGGACAGAGGCUCGGACGCAGCAGCCAGGGCAGUAAGCCCCUGUCCCCAGCCCGCUGCCCGGAGCCGUGAGCCAGGACCCCCCUUCCCAGCCCCCGAUGUCGGUGCCUGGGUUUGAAUUGUAAGCGCUGAAUAAGUAUUUAUUAAGCUCCUACUAAACGCCAGACGUGGUACGAAACGCUUUGUAAAUAUCUCAUUUAAUCCUCACCAUAGCUCCCACCAUCCCCAUUUCACAGUUCGGGAACCGAGGCAAGCAGACAUUCAGUGACUUGCCCAGGGUCCCAAAGCUCGUCAGUGUCUCAGGUUGGAUUUGAAUUCAGGUCUUCCUGCCUCUCCGCUCCAUGUUCCCGGCACUCUGGAGCCCGCUAGCUGGCUGAAGACUCCAGGUUUUACCUUGGGAGUGCGGCUCCGGGUAUCUUGUGACAGGAGUAACACGGGAAGCCAUUCCACCCUCCCUACCCAUCCCCCAAAGCCCCAUGACUCCCUGCUCUCUCCUUGUCAGCCUCUGUCCAGGAAGGGCUAGAGUCGCGGCUCAGACUGCUCAAGGCUCGGUUCCCUCAGGCCUCCCCUGCCCUAAAGGGGCAGAGGCGGCCCCAGCUCAGCACUGCCCCCUACCUCCCCGCACUUCCUGCUCUUUCUUCCCUACUGCGGUCAGGAGAGCGCUUCAGCUAAAGGUCAGGCUGGGGUUCAGCCUUCUCUCUCCUUUUCCCCUUCUCCCCCCGUCCCGGGGCCUCCGAAUCUCUGCGUCGCUCUGUCUCUACGACCCUUCCAGAAUCUUUCACUCUGCGCGCCUCAGUUCCUGAUUAGGGCUCCAGAGAGGAUUCGGGGUGUUGUAUAUGUUGUGAUGAGUGUUAUAAUACAUCAGGAGGCAGCCGGCUGAGGCCAAAACGGGGGAAGGGGCACACCCACCAUCUCUCGCCUGCCUGUACCGCCCGCAGAUCCACCUAGUGCACAGCAGGCACACAAGCAUCCUCCGGAGAUACACGUACAGGAACACACACACACUCACACUCACACUCACACACACACUGAACCACAGGCUCAUCUGGACCGCCCAGAUGCUACAACAGAAUCUAGUGACAGUGACCUCAGUGCCUUCGGUGGCAGGGCAGCCUCACCCCCUCUUGCUGUUCCUUAUGGGAUGGGCAUCAUCAUGAGCAUCAAUCAGCCAUCAAGACUAAAGUGUCAUGGCGUUUCCAUGGCGCCCAGUGUUCCUUGGCCACGACCCUGUUAAUCACUAAUAUUGAUUCCCUCAGCUUUUCCCGGAGUGUGUGAUGUGAUUGACACCUUGAUAGAGAAAGCCAAGCCCCCAACAAGAGAAAGCUACACUUUUCCCUAAAAUUAGGAGGCAAAGAAGGGAAUAAGCAUCUAUAUUAUGCUUCUAUGAGGCAACUGAUCAGCUAGUGCUGCAGGUGGCAAAGUGGGUAAAACAACAGGUCCAGAGUCAGAAGGACCUGGAUUCAAAUCCAGCUUCAGAUAGUUCAUAACUGUGUGACCCGGGGCAAGUCCCUCAACCCUGUUUUCAUUGGUUUCUUCAUCUGUAAAAUGAGCUGGAGAAGGACAUGGCCAACCACUCCAGUAUCUUUGCCAAGGAAACCACAAAUGUGGUCAUGAAGUGGCACACAGGACUGAAAAGACUGAACAAGAUGAGCCAAGCCCUCUCCCAAGGGAUGGACUAUUGUUAUCUCAUCUGACUUCGACAGGAAGAGAUUAUCCCUGGAAAGGAAACAAAACAUCUAGGUUCCUCUCAGCGAUGUGCAUUCUAUUCAUGUGCUGCAGUUCAACGUGGCUUUGGCUGCACGGAUAGAUGCUCAAUAACGUUCGCGUGCCAUCAGCAUUCCUGUAUAUUCUCCUGGUGGCUCCAAUGGCCCCUGACGGGAAGAGGCAACAGGGGCAACACAAGUCUAGAACACAAGACUUAGAAACCUGCCUCAGAAAGGGCGAUGUUUGCCAGGGAGCUUAAGACAGCCCAGCUGUCAGCCAAGUGUGGCACCUAAAUCAUGCCAACACAGACGUUUUCUUAGAAAUUAAGUCGCUUCUACCAGUAACACCCAAUUAAUCACCAUUUAGUUAUAGACUAAUUUUGAAGGAAAUGAUAUCCUUUAUUAAGUAAGAAUAUGUUUGGUCGUAAUCUGAAGAACACGUUUCUGGGCUUUCUGAAAAGCUCUCUUCUUGGCCACACAACCACAAAGCUGCCAGCACUGCUCACACAAGACUGUGCCAUCGAAAGGUGGUAAAGUCCACGUGAGCCGAGCCCGAGCUAUGGCAUAGGACCGAUCCAGCCUCAUGUCUUGCAAAUCCUCAACUUCUCUGGUUUUUGACUACUGUAUAUCACAUCCUCGUAAUAUAACAUCUUAAACCACCCUUUGAUGUAAGUCCUCCUCUGUCAGUUUCUCUUUCUCACUAUAGUCUCUGUACAUCAUUUAUUGGUCUCUGAUCUAACCGAGAGAUCUGAUAGCCAGUGAACUAUUAUAAUAGCUGUUCUUGGGAUAAAUCAAUUAUGCUCAGAAUCUUGUCUUUCAGCCUUUUCCUUAACAAGUAAAGAAAUCCAUUUUCUACCCCACUGAUCAGAGAGGAGUCAUAGAAUUGCUCAGGAGGAUUUUCCGCAUAAUCAAGAUUUCUGAAUAUUUUGUUAGAAAAUGGAAAACUUUUUUAGCUUAGAGUAACAAUUGAACCCAACAGGAGGAUUUGCAAAGUACUUUACAAAGUUUACAAGUGAAUUCAUUCAGGGCCAGGUAAAUGCCAUGAAGGAUAGAUCUAGUACAGGGCUUGGAGGCAGGAGGACUUGGGUUAAAAUCUGGCCUCCCAUACUUUCUGGGUGUGUGACCCUGGGCAAGGCAGUGGCUCCUGUUGGCCUAGCUGCUGCCCUUCUGACUUAGGGUUGUUACUAAGAUAGAAAAUGAGGGUUUAAAAAUAAAAAUAAGCUGUGCCCUUUCCUUAGAGUAGAACACACACAGUAUACUCUAUCUGGUACCAAUUCAGGCAAAGAGGGUACUCUAUCUCUCUAUCUGUGUAUGUGUGUGUGUCUCAGUCUCUGUCUGUGUGUGUGUGUGUGUGUGUGUGUGUCUUCCUCUUACAUCUACAUUCAGUUCUGACUCAGAAGUCAACAAAAAAGGUAGUUUCUUUAUAACACCAAAAGCCAAGAGGGCUCAGUCAAAGAACCUCCCUGUCCAUGCUCUGAAGGGGACAGGUAAAUGUCGUCACUCCAUUGUACACAUCUGCAAGUAGCCUCGCCAGGUCUCCACAUGAGUUGUUACCAGAUUGGAUGGAUUUCUUAUUUCACCUAGAAUGUAGGUGUUCCUAUUUUCCCCAUUUGAAACAUGAGGAAACUCAGAAAUAGCUUAGGGAAGGUACAUUAACUCCCCAGCAUUCUGCUAGAGGCAGAAUUUUAACCCAGAUUUUCCUGACUCAAAGUCCAGGGAUCUGUUCAUUAUUCCAGAGUCUCUCACAUAAUCCAAAGGAACCAAUUUAAAUGUGUUUCUUGUAAACAUUAUUGAAAGUCCCACCAGUGCUUUCUCAAAGCUGGGGGUCCUUUUCUGUCUAGAUAGGAUGGCUUAGACAAAUAAUGAGAUGGUAGACAACUCAGAGCUCAGAACUUUGUGCUUAAGUGUCACCAAGAUGUUCCACCAGGCACAGAGCUCAUGUUUAUUAUAUAGCUUCAGUGAGUACAUGCUUUUCUGGCACACAAUCAUUUUUCAACAUAAAUGAUUUCUAGCAAGUAAUUGGAUAUGUCACACAUUAAUAAACUGCUUAAUCAACAUUCUGUGAUCAUUUACCAUGUUGCUACAACAGAGAAAUUCAUGAUGGAGAUAAAUGACAUAGACAGGGUGAUCUGGAGGUUAGUUCCCUCUGACCUGUGGGAUGACCAGCUAAGAAAAUCAUUGUUGCUUUUGCUCAGCUUUCAUAAUCAAUCAGAAUUACUUAGGAGAUGGAUAACAAAACAUUUCACAGCUAGGAACAGGAUUAAAGGGUAACUUUAAGGGAGACAAGAAUCAGAUAUCUUUCUAAUUUCUAAGUUGCAUUUUUCUUUAUGUUUCACUCAGGCACUUGGUGGUGUUGUCUGAUUAUUGUUCACAAACAGAUUUAGUAAAGUGUGUCAGCAGUUUGUGUUUUAGAGGAGUGAUUGAUGUUCCUGUCAUGCCUGGCCUGCAAUGGGUGAGGGGCAUCUAAGUGUAACUCUGUUAAGAGGGAAAGGAAGGGAUAGUGGGCAAUGAUCUUUAGGUUUUAAUUCUGUGCAUAUGAUUUUUGGAGUAAUAACCUGGGGGAAUUAAAGUGGGACAUAUGUGUGUUGAUCCUGUAAGUAUUUGCUCUCAUAUUAUUUCUCCUAUACUGGGGAAAGAGCAAUAGUCAUAACAAUUUAAUUAGUAAGAGAAGUUAGUGGGAGAAGUCACACAGAGGGGGACUGAGUGGGUGCCUCAUUUUCCAAACUGAGACUGUGUCAGACAGUGAGAAUAUGAUGGCUUUCAACACAACAUACUAGGAUUCUGAUUUUUAAUCCACACUGCUAUGUGCUUCUGUUUAAAGGGUGAGUUCAUCCCAUUCACAUUAAGCAUUAUGAUUGAUUACUAACUGUGUAUUGUCCUCCAUUGUAUUAUCCCCUUUGGAUCCUGCUCUAUUCCCUUUUACUCUAUUCAUCAUCACCAGUAUUCUGCUUUUUGUCAGCCCCCAGUUCCCCUUCCUUUCAAUUACCACACACAAACACACACACACACACACACACACACAUUUCCCUUGUCUUGUUCCCCUUCUACCUUCUAUUUCUCUGUAGGAUGAGAUAGAAUGCUAUGCCCCAUUGAGUAUACUCGUUUUUCCCUCUCUGAGCCAGUUACAAAGAGAAUAAAGUUUAGGUAUUACCCAUCACCACCCUUAUCCUCCCCUCUCUGUAUUGAUUUUUCUCACCUCUUUAUGUUAUAUAAUUUACCCUAUUCUUUCUCCCCCUUCCCUUUUCUCUCAGUGCAACCCUCUCUUUCAGCCCUUGAUUGAUUUUUUAUGUGUCACAUAUAUGCAUACAUAUCAUAUCAUACAUAUAUAUUGUUCCAUAUCAUCACAUUUACAUAUAAAUCAUAUCAUCAUAUAUAUCAUAACAUCAUAAUCAGCUUACUUUUCUACCCUCUUUCUGAGUAAAUUCCUUCUAUCUUCUCUACUACUAAGAGUAAUUUUUGAGAAUUAUAGAAAUCUUUCCAUGUAGACAUAUAGACAUCUUUACCUUAAUGAGUCCCUUAAAUUUUCUCUUAUUUACCUUUCUGAGCUUCUCUUGUGUCUCAUAUUUGACCUUCAGAUUUUUUGUUUAGGUCUGACUUAUUCCUUAGGAAUGAUUAGAAAUCUUCUAUUUUAUUGAAUGACCAUUUUUUUCCUCCUGAAAGAUUAUACUCAAUUUUGAUGGAUAGGUGACUCUGGAUUGUAAACCCAAACCUUUCGUCUAUCUGAAUAUAUUCCAUUUCGAUCCUUUAAUGCAGAAGCUGCUAGGUUCUAUGUGAUCCUGAUUGUAGCCCCAUGGUAUUUGAAUACUUUCUUUCUGGCUGCUUGAACUACUUUUUCCUUGGCUUGGUGGCUCUUGAAUUUGCCUAUUACAUUCCUGGAAGUUGUUAAUUGAGGAUCUCUCUCUGAAGGCAAUCUAUGAAUUCUUUUAAUUUCAAUUUUAUUUUCUUGUUCAAGGAUCUCUGGGCAGUUUUCUUUGAUAAUUUCUUAUAAUAUGAUAUCCAAAUCCUCAGAUUGUAUCUCCUAGAUCUAUUUUCUAGGUCUGUUUUUUUUUUCAAUAUGAUAUUUCAUGUUUUCCCCUGUUUUUUUUCAUUCCUUUGAUUCUACUUUAUUGUUUCUUGAUAUCUCAUAAAAUGAUUGGUUUCUAGAUAAUCAAUUCUGAUUUUUAAGAUCUGGUUUUCCUCUGUCAGUUUUUGGUUCUCCUUUUUCAAUUGGCCCAUUCCUUCUUGCAUCACCUUUCAUUUCUUCUUGCAUCACUUUCAUUUCUCUUCCUCACUUUUCCUCUACCUUUAAUAAUUGGGUUUUGAAGUCUUUUUUGAGAUCUUCCAGAAUCUGUGUCCAAUCCACAUUUUUUUUUACUCUGUGUGUGUUUCUUUUGCUUUCAAUGUCCCUUUCUAUGUCUGCACCUUGCUCUUUGUCUCCAUAAAAAGUCUUUAGAAUUAGGUACUUUUUUUGAUUGUUGCUCAUUUUUCCUAUCUAAUUAUAGUAAGGCUCUGUUUUCUGGGGAGUUGGAGUACCCUCUUAAACUUCAGUUCUUCCUUGAUGUUAUUUUUGGCUUAUUUUCUGGGUUGUUGCUAGUUUACCAGAUGGUCUGAGGGCUGAGAGCUCUGAGAGUCCCCUCUCCCUGCUGAUUCAAUUGACCCUUGAGAUGCUGAUAGCUUAAAAACUCCUCAGGCUUAGGUGUAAGAUUUUGAUCUCAGUCUGAACUUGAUUAGGUCAGGUACUGAUCAGAUUCUAGCCCCAGGCUUAGGCUUUCAAAGUUUUAUAUUUUUGGUCUCAAGGUGUUCUUGAUUCAAUCAGGCACAUCCUUGAUUGCUCUGUCCUGAAGCUCCACCCUUAGUUUUAGGCAAAAAGAUUCUGGGGAGGCUCCCCCUGAGAACUGUGUCCUCACCACAAACCAUGAAUUAUGCCCUCACCCCGUGCCCAUGUGCCUUGACCCCCUUCAGCCCAGAUUACCCUGGCUGGGACUCCAAACUUCUCCACAGGGUUGUGACUUCAAGGGGUUUUAAUUGACUUGGACCUCUUUUUGCCCAGAAGGAUUUCAGGGUUUGACUUAGCUUAGGUUUAGAACCUGUGAGCGCAGAUGUGUGGGGCACUGAGGGUGUGGUUUGCUCUUGGUUUGCUCUUCACUGGCUGUUAUGCCCCCUGCUAGUUCCACUCCCCUCUCACCUAAGUUCACCAAAGGAUCUCUGACUACCUUUUGGAGUUUUCUUUUUUUCUGAAGGUUGUUUCUGUCUGUCCCUGUUGGUUCUUUAACUCCUGUGUUCAUUUUGUGGUGAUAUUUUACUCUUGGGUUGGAGAAAAUUUUCAUGGUAAAAUGGUGAGGUGCUGCCCUAGUUACUCCUCCAUCUUCCCUCAUCAACAAAUUUGAGAAUCUUCUAUAAGGGUGUGGCUGCUUUGCAUGCUUCCACCAGUAGAAUGGGCUAAUAAGAACCAAAGAAGAAAAUUAUAAUAUGAUAAAAAUGACUAUAGAUAAUGAAACAUAUCAGUAUUAAACAUAAAUGUACCAAAUGGCAAAGUGUCUAGAUUCCUAAAGGAAAAACUACAAGAGUUACAGGAGGAAAUUGAUAAUAAAACUAGUAGUGAACUUCAAACUUCCCCUUAUAGAAGUAAAUGAAUCCAACUAAAAAAUAAACAAGAAAGAAGUUAUGAGGUAAUAUAACUUUAGAAAAUCUGGACAAGAUAGAUCUCUGGAGAAAAAUGAAUGGGAAUAGAAAGGAAUACACGUUUUUCCCAGGAGUACAUGGCACAUUUACAAAAACCAAAUACAUAAUAGGGCAUAAAAACCUCACAUCCAAAUAUGGAAAAGCAGAAAUGUUAUUAAAUGCAUAAUUUUCAGACCAUAAUACAAUAAAAAUACACUUAAUAAAGGACAGUAGAAAGACUAAAAAUUACUUGGAAACUAAACAAUCUUCUCAAAAAUGAAUGGGUCAAAGAACAUUUCAUAGAAACAAUCAACAAAUUCAUUAAGUAUAAUGACAAUGAGGAGCCAUGUCAAAAUUUAUGAGAUACAGCCCAAAUAGUACUUAUAGAAAAAUUCAAGGCUCUUAAUAUUUAUAUACAUAAAGCAGACAAAAAAACAGAUCAAUGAAUUGGGCAUAAAACUAAAAAGUUAGGGGGGAAAGUGUAAAAUCCCCAAUUAAAUACUAAAUUAGAAAUUCCUGAAAAUCAAGGCAGAGAUUAAUGAAAUUGAAAAUUUAAAACAAUUGGAUGAACAAAUAAGGCAAGAAGUUGGUUCUGUGAAAAAAUAAAUAGAUAAACCAUUGGUUAACUUGAUCAAAAAAAAGAAAAAAGAAAAUUAAAAUUCCAGUAUCAAAAAUGAAAAAAGGUAAAAUCAUAACCAAUGAAGAAGAAAUUAAAGCAAUGAUUGGCAGUUGUUUGUUUUUUUUUGCCUAACUACAUGCCAAGAAAUCUGACCAUCUAAAUUAAACAGAUGAAUACUUAGAAAAUUUAAACUACCUAGAUUGAAAAAAAAGGAGGAAAUAGAAUAAAAAACCCCAUCACAGAAAAAAAAUUAAAUAAACCAUCAAAGAACUCCUUAAGAAAAAAAGACAUAGGGCCAGAUAGAUUCAUAAAUUAAUUUUACCAACUCUUCAGAGAACUAACUCCAAUAUCACAUAAACUAUUUAGAAAAAUAGAUGAAGAAGGAAUCCUUCCAAAUUCUUUUUAUAAUACAAAUAUAGUACUGAUAACUAAACUAGAAAGAGAUAAGACAGAGAAAGAAAACUAUAGAUCAAUCUCCCUAAUAAACAUUCAUGCAAACAUUUUAAAUAAAAUAUUAGUGAGAUUAAAAUAUUUUCUCACAAGAAUCAUACAGCACAAUCAGGUGGGUUUUCUACCAGGAUUGCGGGGAUGGUUCAAUAUCAGGAAAACAUCAGCAUAGUUGAUCAUAUCAAUAAUAAAAUCAACAGAAAUCACAGGAUUAUUUCAAUAGAUGCAAUACAAACAUUUGACAAAAUACAACAUCCAUUCCUUUAAAAAAACUCUUUAAAAACACUGGAAUGAAGGGAAUCUUCUUUAAAGUGAUAAAUGGCAUCUAUCUAAAACCAUCAGCAAGCAUUAUUUAUAAUGGGGAUAAAAUAAAACCCUUCCUAAUAAGAUUGAGGGAAAGCAAUAAUACCCAUUAUCACCACCAUUUUUUGAUAUCAUACUAAAAAGAUUUGCUAUAUCAAUAAGAGCAGAAAAAUAAAUUGAAGGAAUUAGAAUAGGCAAUAAAAAAUUAAGUUAUCCCUGUUCUCAGAUGAUAUGGUGGUGUACCUAGAGAACUCUAGAGAAUCAAACAAACACAAAGAACCAAUAGAAAUAAUUAACAUUUUUUGUAAAUCACAGGAUACAAAAUAAACCCAUACAAAUACUCAUCAUUUGUAUUUAUCACCACUAAAAUUCAACAAGAGAAAGAAAAAGAAAUUCUAUUCAAAAUAAAUCUAGACAAUAUAAAAACCUGGGUAUAUACCUAACAAAAUAAACUCAGCAAUUAUAUGAGCACAAUUACAAACACUUUUCAAACAAAUAAAAUCAGACCUAACCAACUGGAAAAAAAACAUUAAUCCCUCAUGGAUAGGCCAAGCCUACAUAGUGAAAAUGGCAAUCCUACCUAAAUUAAUUUAUCUGUUUAGUGCCAUACCAAACUACUCAAAAAUUAUUGCAUAGAACUAGAAAAAAAAUAACAAAGAAAUCCAUCUGGAAGAACAAAAGUCCAAGGAUAUCAAGGGAAUUACUGGGGGUGGGGGGACAAAAAAAGGAGGCCUGGCUAAAUCUGUCCUCAAAGUAUAUGAUGAAAUAGUAAUCAUCAAGACAAUUUGGUACUGGCUAAAACAUAGAAAGAUGAAUCAGUGGAAUAGAUUAUGCAAUCAACAUGCAGCAAUUAAUAUCUACUGCAACUUAAUGUUCUAUAAAGCCAAAGAUUUAAGUUUUGGGGAAAAGAAUUCACUAUCUGACAAAAUAUCUGGUUUUCUGGGAAAACCAGAAAGCAGUAUCACAGACACUAGGCAUGGACCGACACCUCACACCAUACACCAGGAUAAAGAUAAAAUGGAUACUUGAUCUAUAAAUAAAGACACCAUAAACAAAUAAGGGGAACAUGGAGAAGUUUACUGAUCAGACUUAGGAAUAAGAGGAAUUUAUGAUCAAACAAGGCAGAGAAUGUUACAAAAAUUAAAUAGAUAGUUUUGAUUACAUUACAUUUAAAAGUUUUUGUACAAAUAAAAACAAUGCAAUCAAGAUUAAAAAGUAAGAAACAAGCGUGAGGAGAAAAAUCUUAUAGCAAGCAUUUCUGACAAAAGAUACAUCUCUCAAAUCUGUAAAGAACGAAGUCAAAAUUAUAAGAAUAUAAAGCAUUCUUCAGUUUAAAAAUGGUCAAGGGAUAUGAAUAGGCAGUUGUUAGAGAGAGACAUUAAAACUAUCCAUAAGCAUAUGAAAAAUGCUCUGUAUCACUAUUGAUUAGAGAAAUGCUCUGAAAUACUACCUCACACCUACCAGAUGACCAAAAUGGGAAAUGAUAAGUGUUGGAGAGGAUGUGGGAAAAUUGGGACACUAAUACACUAUUGAUGGAACUGUGAAUGAUACAACUACUCUGGAGAGUAAUAUAAAACCAGGCUUAUCGGGCCACAAAACUAUGCAUACUCUUUGACCCAGCAAUACCACUGCUGGGUCUGUACACUAAAGAGAUAAGAAUAAGGAGAAAAGACCUGCCUAAAUCAAAAUAUUUGUAGUAGCUCUUUUCACAGUGGCAUAGAACUGGAAACUGUCCAUCACUUGGGGAAUGAACAAGUUGUGGUAUCGAGUUGUGAUGGAAUACUAUUGUACCAUAAGGAAUUAUGAGCAGAAUGGGUUCAGAAAAGCCUGGAAAUAUAUAUAAUAACUGAUACAGAAUGAGUAAGCAGAACCAUGAGAAUAAUGUUUGCAAUAAGAGAAAUACUGUGUGGUAAGAAACGGUGAAGGACUAAACCAUUAUCAUCAAAGCAAUUCCCAAGAUAAACACAAAAGACUCAUGGUUAAAAUUCCAUCCACAGCCAAAGAAAGAACUGCUGGAAUCUGAGUGCAGAUCAAAACAUACUAUUUCGCACUAUAUUUCCUUCAUGAGAUUUCUAUUUUAUAUGUCUCCUAUAAUGCUAUGAGCAAUAUGGAAAUAUGUAUCACAUGAAAGUAUGAAUGUAACCUAUGUCAAAUUAUUCACCACUUUGGAGAGGGAGGAAGAAUAAUUGAAUUCUAAAAUUUUAAAAAUCAAUUGUCAAAAAUUGUUUCUAAAUUUAACUGAAAAAAUAAAUGAAAAAAUAGUCAUACAAAAUGUUCAAAGUUCCUAUUGAUUAGAGAAAUACAAAUUAAAACAACUUUGAGGUACCACCUCACACUUUCCAGAUUGUCUAAUAUGACAGUAAAAGAAAGUGAUAUAUGUUGGAGGGGAUUUGGAAAAACUGGGACAUUCAUGCAUUGUUGGUGGAAUUGGUAGCUGAUCUAACCAUUCUGGAGGUCAAUUUGGAACUAUGCCCAAAAGUCUAUAAAACUGUGAACACCCUAUUAUCCAGUAAUAUCAGUACUAGAUCUGUGUCCCAAAGGGAUAAAAAAAAAGAGGUAAAGAAGCUAUUUAUAGAAAAAAAAUUAUAGUUACUCUUUUGUGGUGGUAAAGAAUUGGAAACUGAGGGGAUGUCAUGUCCAUCAAUUGAGGAAUGGCUGAACAAAUUGUGGUAUAUGAUUGUGAUGGAACACUACUGUGUGGCAAGUAAUGAUGGUGAUCAGGAUGUUGAGCAGGAUGAUUUUUUAAAAACUUGUCCAUGCCUACAUGAACUGAUGCAGAGUGAAGUAAGCAGAGCCAGAAGAACAUUGUACAUAGUAACAGCAAUAUCUGUACAAUGGUCAACUGUGAAAGACUUGGCUACUCUCAGCAAUACGAUGAUCCAGGACAGUUCUGAAGGACUUAUAAUAAAGAAUUCUAUCCACCCCCAGAGAAAGAACCGUUGGAAUUGGAAUGUAGGUCAAAGCAUACAAUUUUUCAGUUUAUUUUAUUUGAGUUUUUAUUUGGCGGUUUUUUAUUUUAUAGGAAUAUUCUCUUACAGCAAUCAACAAUAGGGAAACAUGUUUUGCAUGAUAAUAAUGGCAUAAA